AGUUUCCGUGGUCCUGCGUCUCCAGCACAACACGAGUGUAUCUCUGACAGUGAGAAUAACAAUAAUAUCAAAAAGGAGGAGGAGCCUCUCUCCGUGUCAGCCCAGCAUCGGCAGCAGCAGCAGCAGGAGUAUGUCACCCCCUCAUGGUCCCUCUCCCCCUCCUCCUCCCCCAUCUCCCACUCUGACGGCAGUGACUCAGACUCUGCAGAAGAAGACAACGCCAGCCCCCGCGGCCGGGCACAACAGCGGCGCAAGAAGCGGUGCAACACCCCUUCAAAGAAAAAGACCCCCCAUCGGAUACUAGCCGGGCGGUCUUUGCUGGCUUCGCCCAACAGCAUUCCUCCUCACAACCGCCCGCUUUCUUCAUCCCACCCUCCAGCGCAGUCCUCCCCUCCCUCCUCCUCUUCUGCUAAGCCUGUGUUCAAAGCUCCGGCUCCACAUGGCUCUAUCACCAAAGGCAUCAGCAGCGCAAACGCCCCCAGAGGCGUGUCCAUAGACGCCAUGCGGCAAACCUGCGAGCACUGCGGACGUCACUUCCGCUCCCUGGGCCGCCACUUGGAUAAACACCAUGCACACCAACCAGAAGUGUGCUCCGCCCUCGUGGAGCGCUACACACAAAUGCCCCGUCUGCAUCCACAGAGCACAAACGCUCCCACCGCGCACACACACUCUCCGCAGGACUCAAAUUCGCCACAGAGCGAAAGACAGAGUUCAGAACUUCCGCAGAUUGGCGCCCAGGACCUCUCCAUGCCUCCGCCCACUCUCACAGCAGCUAACCAAUCCCCUGCCUCCUUUGGGAGAAACUCCACCUCUCCGGUGCUGACUCCUCCACAAGGACAGAGCGCCGUGCUGGUGUCCGUGCUGAAAAGAAGCCCCCCCCCUGUGGCUGUGACGCAGUCCAGGAGGGGAUCAAUGGGGAUGAUGGAGACUGAAAGACAGGGGGAGGAGGGAGAGAUAGAGGAGGAGGAAGAUGAAGAUGUUGUGGAGGUCGUGGAGAUAAAGAGGCCCAAGGAGGAGGAGGAAGAUCUUGAGGUGGUGUACCCUCAGCACUUCAUCAGCAAUUUGGCCAAAGAGAUGGAGCCACCAAAAGAAGAGGAGGAGGAGGAGGAGGAGGAAGAGGAGGAGAAUGGAGUGAUGGAGGUGGAAGAUGAAAGUGGGACAGACGAGAAGGACAAGGAUUUUAUGAGUGGUUCGGGGCGUCACCACAUGCUGCCCCUCCUCUCGUCCUUGUCCUCUCUGGUGCUGUACCUCCGGCGGCUGCAGCACUCUGCCUUCCUGUCCCUGUCCCGGCAGCUGCAGUCGGCCGAGGCCUGGCGCCUGCUGUGCCACUCCAGCCUGGCUCUGCUCAUCCUGUACAACCGCCGGCGUGAGUGUGAGGUCUCCAAGCUUUCCAUCGCAGAAUACCACGCUCGCAUCACUCCCCAGUGCCCGGUUCCUGUCCCACCGGGGGCCCCUCCUGCUCUCACUCCCUUAGAGGCCUCCCUGUCCCCCUUCGAGCGUCUGGUGCUUCCCCACCUCCCCAGAGUCGGGGUCCAGGGUAAACGAGGAAGAGUCCAGCCCCUCAUCCUCCCGCCUCACUGCGAGCCCUGCCUGGAGCUCCUCCUGCAGACGCGGCAUGAUGUGGGAGUCGACCCCGCAAACCCCUAUGUCUUCGCCCGGCCGUACCACUCUCCCGCCACGCCGCUGCGAGGCACCGACCUCCUCCGCAGCCUGGCCCGCUCAAGUGGCACCCGCAACCCCCGAGCCCUGACCCAGACCAGGGUCCGCCGGCAGGUCGCCAUCCUGACGCAGCUGCUGCUCCUGGGAGAAGGAGAGGAGCCCGGGCAGCCUGGAGGCAGCGCUGUGGAGAGGCUGGAGCACUUCCUGGAGAGGGAGUACCAUGUGACACAGAACUGUGCUGGAAUUGGACAAGACCCAGGCCUGAUGGGCAGAGUGGGCAGAGUGGUGCUCUGCGGAGAGAGAGAUGGAGUUCUCUUCAGAGGAAUGAGCCUGAACCACAUCUGCCUGGAACUGGACGUAAUGUCAGGAAACUCUGCAGACUCGUACUCGGAGGGAGAGUCUGAAGGGGAGCAGACGAAGGAGAAGCCCGAGGCACCCCCCCCUGCCCCUGCCCCUGCCCCUGCUCCUGCUCCCACCCCUACACCUACCCUGCUGUAUGUCAGGAAGGGCAAGAACAACGGGCGGGUGGGCCGACCUAAGAAGCUGAAGAACAGUCAGCCAGCCCUUCCAUCUACUCCACCUUCCUCAACAGACCACAGCCGGGACUCAGGACAGCCCAAAUCAG